AUGUUGGAGACUCGGAUAAUAAGCAAAAUUGAAGAAAAGAAAAGCAAAAUCGUUGUAGAAUUAGAUACAACUUUAGUUAUCGACACAGAAGUACACACAGAGGAAGAACCAGUAAACCUCCUAGUACCAAAGGCCAGCAAAAUUGAAGAACCAGAAAUAAGACCAGGGGAUGGAGAACCAGGAAGCACUAUUGAGGAUGAAUAUAAGUGCGACCCAACCGAAAGACCAGAAACGAGAAAACAGGAAGAAUCAGAAUCUGUGUUUACAGGAGAAAGGAAAACUGAUGAAUUAGAAAUUGGCACAGUGGGUGUACCAGAGAGUGUCCCAGAGGCAGAGCGCACAAAAGAAGCAGAAAGGCUCUCGAAUGGAGAACUAGAGAGCAGUACUAUUGAACAGCCGGAAAUCAGUAGAAUAGGAGAACCAGAGAGUUUCUUUGCUGAAGAACCAGAGAGCUAUAUUACUGAAGAACAAGAAAUCAUCACAGAGGCAAAGCCCGAGAAUUUCCUAGUUGAAGGAUCUGCAAGUGAGAAAUAUGGAAAAUCGCAGAGCAGUACUACUGAAGAACCAGAAAGUAGUGUUAAUGAAGAAACAGAAACUGGCAUAGAUGCAUUAGAAAGCAAUCAAACCAAAGACACAGUAAGCAUGUCAUCUGAGGAAAACAGCAGAGAAAUCAGUCCAGAAAAAGAACAAGAACGUAACCUCACUGACCAACCUGUUCGUAGCCAGCUUGAAUUAAAGGUUGACAAAGAUGAAGAACAGGAAAGUUGUGCAGAUAAAGAACCAGAAAUUAGUCCAGCUGAAGAACCAGAGAGUGGUCUAGCUGAAGAAAUAGAAAGCUGUUCAAUUGAAGAACACCAAGUUGAGGGACUAGGAAACAGCCCAACUGAAGAAACAAAGAGUAGGCAAAGUGGAAAGCCAGAAUGCAGACCUAUGGAAGGAUCAGAAAGCAGUCUAGUUGAUGAAUCAGGAAGCAGUAUAGCUAAAGAUCCUGGAAACGGUCCAGUUGAAAAAACGGAAUAUACUCUAAUUGAAAAAACAGAAAACAGUCCAGUAGAACCAGAAAAUACAUUUGAAGAAGCAGAAGGCAUUGUUGUCGAAGAACUAGAAAGAAGCACGGAUGAGGACUUAGAUAUUAGCUCAACUGAAGAACCGGAAAUUAGCUCAGCUGAGGAACCAGAAAUUAACCCAACGAAGGAAUUAAAUAUCAGCUCAGCUCAAGAAAUAGAAAGCAGUCCGACUGAAAAAACAAAAUGCAACCAAGAUGAAGGAGAGGGAUUUAAAACAAUUCCAGUGGUGGAGGACUCCGAUAUCAGCUCAGCUGAAGAGCCAGAAGUUAACCAAGCUCAGGAACAAGAAAAAACAAGUUUUGCAGGAGCAGAAAAUUACGAAUUUGAAGAAUCUGGAGCAACCUCUUUUGUGAAAACAAUUCUGGACAAGAGAGAAGUAAGCCAUACAGAGGCUGAAAAUGAUAUGUCAGAAAGUUUGCUGAAUAAUACCUCUGUUGAAAAUGAACCGGAGAUCAUAGCUGUAGAAGUGACAACGGAUAAUCUAGCCCCUAAGGAUGGAACAGAAAGCAAUAAUAAUGAAAAGGACACAGAAUCAGAUGAAGGUUACAACAACAACAAUGAAAUUAGUAAUGGUCUUAUACAGAAAACAAUGGAAAACAAUGUAGUCAGCGAUGAAAACUGA